CCACCGGUCGCCGCCGCGCCGCCAGAGCCCCUCCGGCCUCCGAGCACCUGCUGUGGGCGCGGCGACGCUAUGGAGCGCCUGGAUAAAGCGGCGCUGAACGCGCUGCAGCCGCCCGACUUCAGAAAUGAAAGUUCAUUAGCAUCUACUCUGAAGACGCUCCUGUUCUUCACGGCUUUAAUGAUCACUGUACCUAUUGGGUUGUAUUUCACAACUAAAUCCUACGUAUUUGAAGGCGCCUUUGGGAUGUCCAAUAGGGACAGCUAUUUUUAUGCUGCUAUCGUGGCCGUGGUCGCCGUCCACGUGGUGCUGGCCCUCUUUGUUUAUGUGGCCUGGAAUGAAGGCUCAAGACAGUGGCGUGAAGGCAAACAGGAUUGAUGUGAACAUCAUCUUUUGAUAGCAUUAAAGCGAUUUUUUGAAAUGGUAAUCGCGUCUGGGAUAUUCAUGAUUUCAAUAAAGUUGAAAGAACACAUUAAAAUCCAUCUUCAGUAGUCACAUUUGACAGUGUAAGUGUUCACCUUCUAACCAUGGUUUUUGUCAUCACUUUUCACUGUAUGAGCCUGUCAUUUGCAACUGAGAGUUUGGAAAAGUGCAGUUGGUUACAAAGAAGUAUGUUCAAUUAGUUCCACGUUGUGCUGGGGAUGAUAUGGUUAUCUUACAACAAAAAAAUGUUUUGAAGAACUUUGUCUUUUGGUUGGUUUUGAAUUUUACUCCUUUGCAUACAUUGAGAUGUACGCAGUGAAGCAAAUCUAAAGGUCAUUUUACGCUGGAGUGCUCUCCUACCUGUGGCGGAAACAGCAGGUCACUGGACUAGGGACGCAGGGCCGGCUGCCUAAGUGCUGGGCCUGGGGCAAAGCUGAGUGUCACUGAGGAAUUUUGCACCUGGUCAGCAGGAACCUUCAUCACGGUAUUUCAUGAGAAGGUAGGCUGUGCCCCUCACUCGUUUUGUAAGAACUGCUCUGUUGAAAGAGCCAGGUAGCAAAGCCGAGAGUUAGCUGCCUGGGCACGCAGCCUGCUCUCCGAAGCCUAGCCUGCUGCUUGCAGGACUAACUCCUGAUCUGCUUUGCUUUGUCAUUCAGUGAUGAAGUAAGGCUUUAAUGACACGGUUUGUGUAAAUGCCCUUUAAAUUUGUUUUUCCUGUGGCAUAUUUGUUUUUUUUUUUUUUUUAAGUAAUGUAUGUGAUAGGGACUGACAUUUAAAUGUAUUCAUUUUUUGCAAACUUAGGGAGUAUAAAAAAUCUUGAAAAUUGAUUAUUUUUAUCACCCAGGAAGUAUUCUUGGAAUUUCCAGACUAGUCUUUUAAAUCAGAGCUGUUGUAGCCCAGAUAUUUCUAUAUAUUGAGAAUAUAUAUAUAUAUAUACACACACACAUAGUUUUAUCAUCCUUGAGGUCUUUUCUGAUGGAACAAGAUCCUGUGAUUUUACUUCGGUAUCCUCAGUCUAUCUUCUUUCCAGACACUUGUUACUAUUUGUGCGCAAUCUAAAAACAUCUGGAAAAAUGCAUAUUAAUACAGGAAAAAAUUUUGAAUUCACUGUAACGUUGGCUCCUGGAGAGAAUCACUGUUCUGGUUUGCACCCUGCCUACAUUUCUAAGACUAGUCCCGUGUACACUUUAAGUUUAGAUUCUGCCAUCUUGACCUAACAGCUAUAUGCAUGUUAUCACAUGAGUGGCUGUUGGCCAUUUUCUAAGAAAGCACAUUCUACCCUUUUUAACUAGAUAUCUUGUUCAGAUUUCCUGUUGCUGAUAAUUCCUUCUCCAACAGCCCUUGCUCUCAGUGUUUGCCAGUACAAAUUUAUUUGUUCACCCCUGUUUUUGGUGUGGAACUGGACUAGACGAUGUAAGGAGAGGGUCAAGCAUGAAGGCCAAGUACUUAUGUGUGUUAAAUUGUUGAGAAAAAAAUACAAGAUGGUUAUUGUAGGACUAUUCUUUAUUCUUGCAGUUAAAUUUUGUCUACAGUUUAAAUAUCUUUAAACAAUUAUCCUAAAUGUAAACUUUUUCUUUAAAAAAAAAGUUACAGGUUUAGUAUAAAGUUGUACAAAUUUAAUAUAAAAUUGUAGGAUGUUCUCGUUGGGUCUGGGGCACUGUGGUAGAUUUCUAGAUGGCUCCUUCAGAUGCCUUGUCCUACUUAGGGUUGUUGUUCGCCUAAUUUAUUUUUCUAUAAUGUCAGGGUUUUUCUUGUACUUUGAGGACCUCAUGAUGUUUGUAAAAUAUUAAUGUUGGUUUAUUUUGUUUGAUUUCAGUCACCUGCUGAGUGGAUACAAUGGGUAUUUUCUGCAAGUAUUUGAAUCAGGGAUAUAUACAAAAGCAGUUGUAAGUUCCUCUUGAAAAAAGUACCGAGUGUUUGAAAAUUAGAGUCAGACCUAGGGUCAGUAUUUAGGACUAUUACAAUAUAGACUUGUUUUCGAACCAGUUCAUUUUCUCCUAGGAUUUUAACUGUCAACUCACUAGUUUAUUGCUAUUGAAAUAAUGUGGUGUCUGACAUACAGAUUUACUUUUCAGGACGUUUCACAGCUUUCCUUCUGCACAGUGUACAUACUGCCAGAUGUAGAGAAAGGAACACUACAGUCGAGCCCUUAUCAGUGUGUUAAGGCAGGUACACGUUCACUAUUGUUUGAAAGCUGAGUGUAGGAAUAACCUCAAUUAGGAAGCGUAGCGAAGGGACAAUAUAAGCUGCUGCUUUGACCCCAUCUCCUGCAGCACAUUGCUUUCCUCAUUCACCUCCCGUGUUGCCUCCAGGAUAAAGUCUUUUUUCCCCAUUGUGCUAACAGAUGAAAAGUCUGCUAUGGAAUGCAUCUGAUGUCAUUAACUCUUCAAGCGGGUACCAGUUUACCUGUAGCAGCAGAAUUCACUUUUGAGUUGUUGAAAGAAAAUUUAAAUCUUCCUUAUAGAAAAAACUUGCUUCAUGGGACUCGAACAGUAGCACGUUUACGUGCUAGACUUUCCAUCACAAAAAUCUCAUCAGCUUUGCUGAAAGACGCAACUGAGUCACUUGCUUGGUGUUUAGUUUCCAUCGCGUGUACACGUCGCGGACACAGCUAGCACACCCAAGGAGACCAGUCGGAACAGUUAAGUGGUUAAGGUGUCCCCACCAGAGGUGCCAGCUGAAGAGACGUGAAACAAGGCUUUAGAGCCUGUGGUGAAAGAGUCUAGUUGGAUUUCUCUCCAGACAAGUUCCUGUGCAUCAUUUAUUUCUGCUCAAGGGAAGCGGACUGCUGCGGCCAUUGUGUGCGGGCUCAGCUGCAGCUCGGGCUCGGCCCUCACGUCUAAACUAGUUUUGCAGGAGCCACGCUUGAGGGCUCAUUAAUGACUUGGCGGCAUCUCGUCUUCCUUUUUGCCAGGGGGAAGGGUCAUCUGAGGAAGUAAAUAUUUGCAGGGACUUUGGGAACCUAAGGACAACUGUUCCUUGCAAUGUAUGAGUAGCUGAUCCCUAUGUGUUCAGUAGCGUGGCCUGGAAUGCCUCAACUGGCCGUGGCUCCUGGCCGUGCUGCCCUUGCCUGUUUUAUUGCUACGUGUACUUGAAAGUAACAGCUGCGUCCCUUUUAAGAUGUUCUCUAGGUCAUAUUUGUCAGUUACACAGACUAGUCUUCCUUUGUCUCAAGUUCAGUGACAUCUCACUGAGCAGUAAUAGCAAUAGCUAACAUCUGCACAGCACCUUACAGUUUGCAAAGAACGUUCACAUAUUCUCGUUUGAGUUUUGCAUAGUGAACCUGUUACGAGAUGUCUCUUGACAUUGAUGCUAAACGUGGUAGAAUCUUUAAAUCCCUAGUCAUUGACGCCACGGUAGUGUUGAUAGCGCCCUGACGAGGGCUGGGGCUUAGGUGCGCUCCGUGGAAAGCUGUGUGUGAUGAUGAGAAUGGGGCCUGAGUUCUUUCGCCACUUGAAUCAGAUUUACUUUUGUAAGUGAUGCUUUUCUAACUGUUCUCUGGAUGGAUUUUGUAUUCAUUAUAUUCUGGCCUGUAAUUUGUAUAAAUUGACCAUCUGUUGUCAUUAAAAAUGUUCGCGAUGCCCCUCUGUGUCCUGACUCCGU